UUAAUUUUCUUUCUUCUAUUUCUUCUUUCCUGCGUCGAUCGCGUAAACCCUCGCACAGGAGUGUCCGACUGCCCGAGGGUGUCCGCAUUAUGCAGUAAUCCCGUAUACGAUGCUGUAAUGACAAGGCAGUGUCCAAAAACUUGUGGACGAUGUGGCAUUACAAACUCCACGGCUACCACAACUGCAGUUUGUCAAGAUAUGAUUAACCCUGCAACCGGUACCUCAGACUGUCCGGCUCGUGCCAAUCUUUGUCGGAAUCCAAACUAUGUCGAUCUCAUGAGAGUACAAUGCGGAAAAACAUGCCAAUAUUGCUAA